ACACACCACCAGACGGAGCCUCCCAUUCUGGUAAACUGCGAGCACAAACAGAGGCGCUGGGCUAUUUCAUCUGUGCAGACUGUGUAGUCGAAAAGGCGAAUAUUGCAGCUGAAAACAGGACAGCCUUUUCUGGGUUUAUUAGUGAUCAUGUCAGCCAGACCGGGAUUCUAUCGCCAGGAGCUCAACAAGACAGUAUGGGAGGUGCCCGAGCGCUACCAGAUCCUCACGCCGGUCGGCUCGGGCGCGUACGGCUCCGUGUGUUCGGCCUAUGAUGUACAGCUUCGUCAGAAGGUAGCCAUUAAGAAGCUCUCGCGGCCAUUUCAGUCUCUCAUUCACAGUCGGCGCACCUACAGAGAACUGCGAUUGCUCAAGCACAUGAAACACGAGAAUGUUAUUGGGUUGCUAGAUGUUUUCUCUCCUGCAGCAUCACUAGAAGAAUUCAAUGAGGUCUAUCUUGUCACUAAUCUAAUGGGAGCAGACCUCAACAACAUAGUCAAGUUUCAACGCCUUUCAGAUGAGCAUGUGCAGUUCCUCAUUUAUCAGUUACUUCGUGGCCUUAAGUACAUCCAUUCAGCUGGACUAAUACACAGAGAUCUAAAGCCAAGCAAUGUAGCUGUGAAUGAAGACUGUGAACUCAGGAUCCUGGAUUUCGGAUUGGCCAGGCAGACUGAUGAUGAGAUGACUGGGUAUGUGGCAACACGCUGGUACAGAGCGCCUGAAAUUAUGCUCAACUGGAUGCAUUAUAAUCAGACAGUGGAUAUCUGGUCUGUGGGAUGCAUUAUGGGUGAGCUUAUCAAAGGGAAGGUCUUGUUUCCAGGAAAUGACUAUAUAGAUCAGCUGAAGAGAAUCAUGGAGGUGGUUGGUACCCCAACUCCUGACCUUCUUAAGAAGAUCUCUUCAGAGCAUGCCCAGAAAUACAUCCAGUCUCUUCCCUACAUGCCCCAGCAGGAUCUGGGGAAGAUAUUCAGAGGAGCCAAUCCACACGCGGUAGAUUUGCUGAAGAAAAUGUUGGUGUUAGACUGCGACAGGCGGAUCUCUGCCACUGAAGCCCUGUCCCACCCUUAUUUCUCUCAGUACCAUGAUCCUGAAGAUGAGCCUGAGGCACCACUAUAUGACCAAACCCCCGAGAGCAAGGACCGCACACUGGAGGAAUGGAAGGAACUGGUGUUUGAGGAAGUUAACAGUUUUAAAGCCCCUGUCAACCAAACAGACAGCCUCCAGGCCGAGCAGUAACAGUUACUGUUCAACAUUCCAAACCUGAGUCUAACCAACUACCCAAGAAGGACAAAUACUGUUGAUUUGUCUCUCAUUCGACUCAAGACUGAGGAUCUGAGGACCUGCCGGUUAGGCAACUGGAAAAUGAGAACAGUGCAUUCCAUAGGCUUAAAGGCUUUGUGUGUGUGUGUUAUAUACUUAUGAAUGCCAGAAAGUAAUAUGUCUCUGCUUUCUAGGACACAUUAUAGACUCCUACAUGCACAACCAAUAUAUUAUUAUAGGAAGCAUGUUGUGUUUUUAUUGUACUUUUUUAUUACAAGGACAAUACAAGAAAUGUGGAGCAAAAUAUGGAUGUCAAUCAAACCAAGGUGAAGAGGAAAAGGUCAGCCUGAUAUCUACAUGUUUACAGUGAAGGAUUGACUGAAAGGCAUUAAUAUUAACCUUAUGUAAUAAAAGACUUGGAUGAAGGAUGAAUUUUGGCAUUAUGAAGUUAUGAGUGUGGUUCAAAAUACGAAAACAGCACAGUUAGUGUUACAUUAUUCACAGUAUUGGUUUGUUGCGCCAAAGACUAAAGGAAACCAAAAUACUUACAAGUAUACAUAUAGAUGGGUGACAAAUUAAAAGAAAAACUGUUGACUGUUAUGCUGUGAAGGCAAUUUGCUAGCAUGGUUUGUGUUCAUUUGCCUCCUUGGAGGGAAGAGUCAAUGGAAAUUAUUACAAAGCUCUUCUGACAGAUCACAUGAUGAAAUAUUUCUAUCCUGAUGUUGGUGGUCUCUUCCAGGAUUGCGUUGCUCCCAUCCACAGGGAGCGAGAGCUCACUGUAUGAUUUGAUGAGUGUGAAAAUGACGUGAAUCAUAUGCUAUGACCUUAACCUUAACCAGAUCUGAACCUAUGAGAGAAUUUUGACAAAUGUGUUUGAUAGCGUUCUUAACCACCAUUACCAAAACACCAACUAUGGGAAUAUCUUUUGAGGAACAAUGUUCAACAUCUCCAGUACAGUACCAGACACUUGUAGAAUAGUUUUUUUCCUCCACUUGUAUACCUGUAGCUCUGUUUCCAUUCUUUUGUUAACCUCUGGCAUUUUAUGUGUCUAUCAUUUACAGUAUGUAUUGUAUGUAUGCAUACACAUACAUAUAGUUAAGUGCAAAAGUUUGCAUUUCCUUAAUUUGAAAUGAAACCAACAGUCAAAAAGUUAAUGUUAAGAUAUUACUAGUUAACAAAAUUCUAUUUCUGAAUGUGAUCUAAAUGUGGAUGCUAUUCCAUAUAUCUCUAAAGACUUCUUCAGUUCUCCUGUUGUUUACUUUGAAUCUCUCUGAGUUUUUUUUUUUUUAUUUAUUUCAUCAUCUACCCUUUGUAUAGUAUAGUUACUUCUGUAAAAGGUCAAUCUUUUGUUUUAGGUCUUGUAAAAGCUCUUUUCUUGAUGCCAGUGACCCAGCUGCUUACAGCAAACAGCUUACAAAUAAGUGUGUUUGAAAUGCUCAUGCCUCACAUAAGACUUGUUGAAAGUAAACACGUGGUUGAAGUCUUUAGACACAUUAAUGAGGCAGAUUUAAAUAAAUGAACUUAAGAGUGACACGGGGACGUGAUAUACUGUAACAUACAGCAUGUCUAAAUGUGGUAAUAUCUCACUAUUCAAGAUCUUCUUUAUAUCAUUUAAAACAAUUGAUUAUAAUAUGGACAUCUUAUAUACCUCAGUUGCUUCUGUGAGUGUGUGAAUAUGAAAUGUCUGACUUGAAAGUGAUACAUGUUUUGUGUUGAGAUGUUUUAUGUUGUUUUUAAUAGCUGUUCUUCCACUGACUGAACCACCAGUUAUUAGAGAAAUGGAUAACUACAGUUGGUUUGCACUGCACUGGUUUAACCUACAGUUAUGAAUUCUUUAGACCUCAAACCUUUUUGUAAAAUAAAUGAAUAAAUUCUACCAAUGCCCUCAGUACAGAUUUAUUUCAUGAGCAUAAUCCAAAUAUCCAAAUAUUAGGCUUGUUAUUUAAAUAUGUACAAUAAUAUUUGGGCUAUUUACUGGAACCAUAGAGGUUUUUAUUCCUGAACUUUCCAUUCACAUGACACUUUUUUAAAAUCAAAUUGUCGUUAGAUUGAAGUUGAAGUUAUUUAUGUGUUCAAUUCAAGUGAGCAGUCAGACAGGCUAAAAACUACAGAAACACAAGAUUAAUAACUAUAACUUUGAUAGUGUUGGCUUGUGAUGUCCACCACUGUAGCAAAAUUAUUUGCUUCAUCAUCAACACUUAAUUAAAAUAUUAAACAUCGAUUUAAUGCUUUCUUCAACCUAUUGGUGCAAUAAUGAAAAAUAAAUGCAGUUUUUUAAUGAUAGCGUCGUUAUUAAAAAUAGAAUUUUACAGGC